ACCUACGACCUAAGUCUAUGAUGCGAAGUAGUGUGUUCACGUAACAAAAAAUUUUAAUUGAAUUGAAUAAAUCUCUGCAAAAUGCCCAAGUAUUUAUAUUUUGCUUAUGGAAGUAAUUUAUUUGGUGAUAAGUUACGGCACAUCUGCGGUUUCAAUGCAGUCAUGAAAGAUAUUGGUUGUAUAAAAAAUUUUAGAUUGGAUUUUCAAAGAUAUUCUAAAAUAUAUAAUGGAGUAUCGGCAACAAUUGUACAAACAGAAAAUUCAGUUGUAUGGGGUGUAAUCUGGGAAAUCGACUACUGUGGCUUGUCUUCAUUAAAUAAAAAAGAAGGUGUUCAAGAUAAUAUAUGUCGUGUACUGUCAAUGAAUGUUGAAACUCCUAAUGGUACAGUUCUAAGGUGUAGAGUAUACCAACAAUGUAAUAAUCCAAAGAAAUAUGUAAAACUAGCAGAUCUUCCAAUGGAUAGGAGACCUAUACCAUUUUAUCUAGAUACAUUAUUGAAAGGGGCUCAAGAAAAUAAUCUUCCUGCUGAUUAUAUAGAAUUAUUAAAAACUAUACCACAUAAUGGAUAUGAAGAAGAUGACGACAGUGAUUUUGCUUAUUGGAAGGGUACAACUAUUGCGCGUGCCAUGUUUUUAAUGGGAGAUUGAUUGUUACAAUACCUUUCACCUCAAUUUUGUUGAUAAUGUCAAUGAAGAAUCACAUAUUCCAAUGCCAUCUCUGCUGUUAUUUUGUCUAAUACGUCUCAGGGAAUUUUCAAUUUGAAAAAUUUGUCUUUUGUUCAUCUAAAAAUAUUUGAUGUAUAAGUCAAAUUAAAAAUUAAAAAUAAGG